AUGUCAAGGGCUUCCAAAGGAGACAAACUUUUGAGUGACCUGGGUUACAAGCUGGGCCAAACCUUGGGAGAAGGAAGCUAUUCCAAGGUAAGAGUGGCCACCUCGGCCAAAUACAAAGGGCCGCUAGCAAAAAUGGUGGACCGACGUCGAGCGCCCCGGGAUUUUGUGGAAAAGUUUCUACCGCGGGAACUCUCCAUUCUGCGAGGGAUCCGGCACCCACACAUUGUAAGAGUGUAUGAAUUCAUUGAAGUUUGCAACGGGACUCUCUACAUCGUGAUGGAAGCUGCGUCCACAGACUUGCUACAAAUGGUACAACAAGCAGGGAAAUUACCCUGCGCCCCUGAAGCGCGAGACAUCUUUGCCCUUGUGGGUGCCGUGCGCUACCUCCACGACAGGCAUUUGGUGCACCGGGAUCUGAAGUGUGAGAAUGUGUUGCUUACUUCAGACGGCCGGCGAGCAAAAUUGACCGACUUUGGUUUUGGCAAAGAAUCGCGUGGAUACCCUGAGUUGAGUACUACCUACUGUGGAUCAGCUGCGUACGCGUCCCCAGAAGUGCUGAUGGGUAUCCCCUACGAUCCAAAGAAGUACGAUAUAUGGAGCUUGGGCGUAAUGCUCUAUGUGAUGAUUACUGGCUGCAUGCCUUUUGAUGACACGCACAUUCACAGCAUGCCCUGCCGCCAGAAGAAAGGGGUCAUGUUCCCUGAAGAUCUGCCUUGUCUGUCUGAGCCCUGCAAGGCUCUCAUUAGGCAGCUACUCCAGUUCACUCCGGAAUCCCGACCCGGCGUGGGACUCGUAUCCAAGAACAGCUGGCUGAAAGGGGAAGCUUAA